UAACAAUAUCUUAAUAAUAAAAUAUAAUUAAUAUUAUACUGUUUGUUUAAAUGUAGUUAGAAUUUAUAAAAUCGUUUCAAUUUAAACUUAUAUAUAUAUGUAUAAACUAAUGAAUCCCUUUUUUAUGAUUUUUAAAUAUUAAUCUAUUUGGACUUCUGUUCAUUAUUUUCUUAUAAGUAUGGAGCAAGUACAGGUAGUUCCAGUUGUUAAAAAAUUGGCUGAAGAUGUUGUAAAUAGAAUAGCUGCAGGAGAAGUUAUCCAAAGGCCUGCAAAUGCUCUUAAAGAACUAUUAGAAAACAGUUUAGAUGCCAAAGCAACAAAUAUUCAAAUAACACUAAAAAAUGGAGGCCUAAAGUUUUUACAGAUACAAGACAAUGGAACUGGUAUUCGAACUGAAGAUUUAGGUAUUGUAUGUGAACGGUUUACUACUAGUAAAUUACAAGAAUUUGAAGAUUUAAACAAAAUAUCUACUUAUGGAUUUCGUGGUGAGGCAUUAGCCAGUAUAAGUCAUGUUGCGCAUUUGUCAAUAACUACAAAAACAAAUGGAUCAGUGUGUGCUUAUAAAGCAUCUUAUGUAGAUGGACAUUUAAAAGCACCACCCAAAGCUUGUGCGGGAAAUGUUGGAACUAUAAUUACUGUUGAAGAUUUAUUUUACAAUAUAGCAACUAGAAGAAAAUCAAUGAAAAGUUUUAACGAAGAGUAUCUAAAAGUUGUUGAUGUGGUAAGUCGGUAUGCUAUACACAAUCCAAGUGUUGGUUUUACUUUAAAAAAACAAGGAGAAACGUUGUCAGAUGUUAAAACAAAUUCUAAUUCGAACCAUAAAGAUAAUAUCUUAGCUAUUCAUGGAUCAGCUGUUUGUAGGGCAUUAUUAGAGGUUGAAGAUUAUUGCAGUACUCUUAAAGUAAAAAUUAAAGGAUUUGUGUCCAAUCCUAACUACACCUCAAAAAAAUUACUUUUCAUAUUAUUUAUAAAUGAUCGGCUGGUUGAUUCUAAAGGACUGAGAAAAGCCAUUGAGCAAAUUUAUAGUAUUUAUUUAGGGAAAGGAUCUUAUCCAUUUGUAUAUUUAAGUUUACAUUUGGAUCCUAUGAAUGUAGAUGUAAAUAUUCAUCCAACUAAACAUGAAGUACAUUUUUUACAUGAAGAUAAAGUUAUUGAAAAAGUUACUGAGGCUGUCCAAGAAAAAUUAUCUGGUUCAAAUAUAUCAAGAACUUUCUAUACACAAACACGUUUACCAAAUUACAAUGACACUUCUGUAGCAACAAUGUCUAAUGAAAAAUCUAUAGAUAAAGCUAUUAAAUUAGCUACUUCAUCAGAAAUGCCAAAAAAAUUAGAAAAAUCUCAUAUUAUUUCACAAAAUAAAAUGGUAAGAACUGAUAGUAAUGAACAAAAAAUUGAUAAAUUUUUAGAUACAACAACUUCAGUUGCUUCUGAAUUAAAAUCUGAGAAUUCUGUAACAAGGAGAGAUAUAAAAUUAACUAGUGUUUUAAGUUUACGUAAAGAAAUUGAAAAUAACUGUUGUGAAACAUUACAGAGAAUAUUUCAUAAUCAUAAAUAUGUUGGAGUAGCUUCAGCUACUUGGUCUUUAUUUCAGCAUGAAACAGAAUUGUACAUUUGUAAUUCUAAUAAUGUGUUUCAAGAAAUGUUUUAUCAAAUAAUGCUUUAUGAGUUCGGUAAUUUUGGUAUUAUUAAAUUUUCUAAUCCAUUAUCAAUUUUUGAUCUUAUUAUGGUAGCAUUUGAACUUCCUGAAUCAGAAUACCAAAUUGAACAAGACAAACCAAAGGAAGAAUUGGCUCAAGAUGCAACAGAUGUAUUGAUGUCUAGAUCUUUAAUGUUAAACGAUUAUUUUUCUAUUGAAAUUGAUAGUGAUGCAAAUAUAUUAUCAAUACCAUUAUUAUUGGAGGGCUAUUUACCAGAUUUAAAUGGUUUACCAUUAUAUUUAUUACGUUUAGCAAGUGAAGUUGAUUGGUCUAGUGAAAAAGAAUGUUUUAAAACAUUUAGUCAUGAAACUGCUAGAUUUUAUGUAAUGCCACCUUGGAAACAGUUAUGUUCUGAUAUUGAUGAUAUAUCUGAUGUUGCACCUGAUAAAAAUUGGACAUGGGUUGUAGAACAUAUUUUGUUUCCUGCCUUUCGAAAAUGUUUUCAACCGCCAAAGAAAUUUCAAGAAGAUGGAACUUUAUUACAAAUAGCUAGUCUAACUGAAAUGUACAAAGUGUUUGAACGCUGUUAAAAUUUAAAACUUAUUUAUUUGUUAGUCAAAUAAUUUAUUUGAACUAAUCUUAUCUUAUAAGCUAAUAUUUUUACAGGUUUAAUUUUUUAUGUAACAUUAUAAUUUUACAGUAUUAAAUUUUUGGUGAAAUUAA